GGUCGGAAGAUAUAGUAGCGUGCCAUCGUUCCAUCGGUCUUCGCUCGGCACCGGAGGGUGUACUCUGUGUCAGUGAGACUCGGCUGACUCACAUCAGAGCGCUCCCCACCAUCACACCGAGCUCACUCACUGGUCUGCCCGCUCAAGGUCUGUUGCAACAUGCUGACCCAUCUGUUCCGAAUGCACGGGCUCCUGGUGGCCUCUCACCAGUGGGAGGUGAUUGUCGGCACAGUCACGCUCACCAUCUGCAUGAUGUCCAUGAACAUGUUCACUGGCAAUGAUCAGAUCUGUGGCUGGAACUUUGACUGCCCUAAAACCGAAGAGCAAAUUCUAAGCAGUGACAUCAUCAUUCUGACCAUCACACGUUGCAUUGCCAUUGUGUAUAUUUACUUCCAGUUCCAGAACUUGAGACAACUUGGAUCCAAAUAUAUCUUAGGCAUUGCUGGCCUUUUCACCAUAUUCUCCAGCUUUGUCUUCAGCACAGUUGUCAUUCACUUUCUUGAUAAAGAGCUCACAGGCCUCAACGAGGCCUUACCCUUCUUCCUGCUUCUCAUCGACCUCUCCAAAGCAUGCGCUCUCGCCAAGUUUGCCUUAAGCUCCAAUUCUCAGGAUGAAGUGAGGGACAACAUUGCUCGUGGCAUGGCAGUUUUGGGACCCACCUUCACUCUGGAUGCCCUGGUGGAGUGCCUAGUGAUCGGCGUGGGAACCAUGUCUGGUGUGCGACAGUUGGAAAUCAUGUGCUGCUUUGGCUGCAUGUCUGUCUUGGCCAACUACUUUGUGUUCAUGACUUUCUUCCCAGCGUGUGUCUCACUGGUGCUGGAGUUGUCCCGUGAGAGUCAGGAGGGCCAUCCUAUCUGGCAGCUGAGCCACUUUUCCAGAGUGAUGGAGGAGGAGGAGGACAACAAACCCAACCCUGUAACACAGAGAGUCAAAAUGAUCAUGUCUCUGGGCCUGGUGAUGGUUCACGCCCACAGCCGCUGGAUCGCUGAGCCCUUGUCCAUCAACACCCCGGUGGGCAUGCCACAGGUCAGCAUGGACCUGGACCACCUCUCACCCAGGAGGAUCGAGCCAGAGAAGCCACUGUGGCACUUCUAUCUGACCAGGAUGAUAUCCAUGGACAUAGAGCAGGUGAUCUGCCUGGCCUUGGCCCUGCUGCUGGCUAUCAAGUACAUCUUCUUCGAGCAGGUUGAGAUGGAGUCUACACUGUCACUGAAGAACCCCAUGGCUAUGUCUGCCCCAGCCCUGACCCCACGACGACCCACUGAGACCUGCUGCAGGAUGGAGCCGUACACUUCCCGGUCCCUGGCCCCUGCCCAGAGUGUGGCUGCCCUGGUACCUGCCAGCAAGGAAGAGAGAGAUGAGGUUAUUCGGCCGUUGUCUGCCCCAGCCACGGAUCCCCAGCCAAAGAGCAUCUUUGUCGUAGGUGGGGUGGAGGAAGAGUUCAAGUCCAAGAUUGAUAAGCCAAGCCUCCUCCAAAAGCCCAGAGGCCUGGAGGAAUGUGUGGCCAUCCUUAACAACCCUGAGCUGGGGCCUCGUUUACUGAGUGAUGCUGAGGUGAUGCUACUGGUCAACUCCAAACACAUCCCUGCAUACAAACUGGAGGCCAUGAUGGAGAGACCAGAGAGAGGAGUGGCCAUUCGAAGACAGAUGAUAUCUGCCAAACUUCCCUUUCCUUCUGCACUCUCCUCACUGCCAUACACCGACUAUGACUAUUCCAAGGUAAUGGGUGCCUGCUGUGAAAAUGUGAUUGGCUACAUGCCUGUACCUGUGGGUGUGGCUGGACCACUGCACCUUGAUGGGAAGCAGUUUCAGGUCCCAAUGGCAACCACGGAGGGCUGCUUGGUUGCCAGUACCAACCGCGGUUGUCGAGCGAUCGCUCUUGCAGGUGGAGCCAGCAGUCGUAUCUUGGCUGACAGCAUGACUAGAGGACCCGUAGUGAGGCUGCCCUCUGCCUGCAAGGCCUCUGAGGUCAAGGCCUGGCUGGAGAGCACAGAUGGGUUUCAGGCCAUCAAAGAUGCAUUUGACAACACCAGCAGGUUUGCGCGGCUCCAGAAGCUGCUAGUUGCUCUGGCUGGGAGAAAUCUCUACAUCCGCUUCCAUUCCAAGACUGGUGAUGCCAUGGGUAUGAAUAUGAUCUCUAAGGGUACAGAGCAGGCUCUGAGCAGACUGCAGCAGAACUUUCCAGAACUGCAGGUUGUGGCUAUUAGUGGGAACUACUGCACAGACAAGAAACCAGCCGCCAUCAACUGGAUCGAAGGCAGGGGCAAGUCUGCUGUCUGUGAGGCCACCAUCCCAGCUAAAGUGGUCAGAGAGGUGUUGAAAACGUCAACGGAGGCUCUGGUGGAGGUGAACAUCAGCAAGAACCUGGUGGGCUCGGCCAUGGCUGGUAGCAUCGGUGGAUGUAAUGCACACGCAGCCAACUUGGUGGCUGCCAUCUACAUAGCCUGCGGACAGGAUCCAGCCCAGUCAGUGGGUAGCAGUAACUGCAUAACCUUGAUGGAGGCAUCAGGACCAACAGGGGAGGACCUGUACAUCAGCUGCACAAUGCCCUCUAUAGAGCUGGGCACAGUAGGAGGAGGUACCAACCUGCCCCCUCAGCAAGCCUGCCUCCAGAUGCUGGGUGUGCAGGGAGCCAGUCAGGACUGUCCAGGGGAGAAUGCCCGGCAGCUGGCCAGGGUGGUUUGUGCCACCGUGCUGGCUGGAGAGCUCUCACUGAUGGCUGCUCUGGCUGCUGGCCACCUGGUCAAGAGUCACAUGACACACAACAGAUCCAAGGUGAACUUACAGGAGACUCCAGGAACCUGCACCAGGAAAGCCUCAUGAGAGCAGUGCAUCCUCCCUCAGUCACGAAAAAGAUGGACAAGUGGAAAGGGACAAAUCAUUGUGUUCAAUGAAAACAGACCUCAGAUAUCUUACAGGUGCUUUGGAAAAGACACAGGAGUGUCGUUUGUCCAAUCUCUAUGCUGGAUAUAAAAAGGAUCCAUACAAGAUAAUCAGAAUAUUAUGUCCGAGUAAUUCCUUUUCUUUGUGUUUGUUCUUCUUUAAUGUCCACAUUUAAAAUGUUGGUAUUUGGGAAACAGACAGGUUGGGUUCAAGAGAAACAUUUCUGCUCCCCUGUUGCCAAAUGAAGCUCUGAGCACAGAAACAUGUUUGGAUAACUGUAAUUGCUGGAUUUGGCUGUGACUCUGCAUGCAAACUUAAGAACAGAGCUGCUUAACACAGAUUCUGAAUUAUUGGAUUUCUUCAUCAGGGUGGUUUGUAAAGCUAACAAGAACACUUAGUGUCACGGUUACACUCACACAGCUCAGCAGCACUGUGAACAGAGACAGAGGAUUAUCCAUGACAGACUUUAGGAAUUCAUAAAAAUAAGAAAAAUCCAGUAAGCACUUUAGAACUUAGAGUGACAGUCUCUUUUUAAGGUUACGUUGACGGCCUGUAAGGACAGGACUGGACAGGCGUUUCCUUCAAAAAACCAGGAUGGUGAUUUAACAAGGCUAACAGUGCCUGUCCUAUUAAUGGAAAUAUCCAACAAAUUCUUGACACAGUCAUUUUGAGAUUACAUUGUCUAAUUGAACAAAAUAAACAGAACUAAUGCUUUAGCUGACCUCUGCACUGCAUACUAAGUACCAUAUAGAAAAUUACAUUAAAGUACAGUGCAUUCCAGUGACAUGCACAACAGAUAUGAAUGUCUCGAAAUAAACUUGACAUUUGCAUACGUCAGGUAUUGUAAUUUAUCACAUUAUGACUGCUUUCAAUCAUUAAAUAUUCUGUUCUUACUUUGUGGUGAUGCAGACACAGACUUUUCAAAUCUAUCGGCAUUUUAAACUGCAUUAGCAUGUGAUGUUGAUGCUUAAAAAUGUAAUAUAAUAUGAUGUACUGCAGAUGUGUCGUUAGAAUGAGUGGUGAGUCUUCCUGAUGUUCUGGCAGUUGGCAAAUAUUUUGAAUAUAUUUUGUAAUAAAUACAAAAGGACUUUAUAAUGA